CGCACGGCGAGAAAAGCGACCAAACCCCUCUCAGUCUCAGAAAAAGCGUCCGAGAAAAGCAGAAGCCAGGCGAUCGAGUGAGGACCGAGGAGCCAAAAUCCAAAGCCAGCCGUCCUCCGCAUCUCUCCAGGCGCACGGAGCCGAGACUGGUCGAUGGCACGACGGAAGCCGCCGGCGCAGCAUGGAGCCCGGAGCGAGGACGGCCAGGCCCAGACGACGGCGCCGCCGCCGCUGAAGCGGGGGCCGUGGACGGCGGAGGAGGACGAGGUUCUGGUGCGGUUCGUGGCGCGGGAGGGGGAGGGGCGGUGGCGCACGCUGCCGCGGCGGGCGGGCCUGCUGCGCUGCGGCAAGAGCUGCCGCCUGAGGUGGAUGAACUACCUCAGGCCGGACAUCAAGCGCGGUCCCAUCGCCGAGGACGAGGAGGACCUCAUCCUCCGCCUCCACCGCGUCCUCGGCAACCGGUGGUCGCUGAUCGCCGGGAGGCUGCCGGGGCGCACGGACAACGAGAUCAAGAACUACUGGAACUCGCACCUCAGCAAGAAGCUCAUCGCCCAGGGCCUCGACCCGCGGACGCACAUGCCGCUCGCCGCUGCUCCCGGCAAGACGGCAGCUGCUACCCACAAGACGACGGCAGCGCCGGUGGUCGUACCGCCGCAACCUCCGCCCCCGCCAGGGCCAGUGCUGCCCACCUCGUCUGCCGCUGGAACUGGAUCCGACGGCCAUGACAACCCAGGCGACGGAGGCAAUGACGACCUCGCCGCGACGAUGAGCGUCGACGCCGAUGGCUUCGAAGGUUUCGGUGACCAGCUUCUGGCCGACUACGCUGCUUCCCGCGGAGGCUUCGAAGACGUGAUGGGGUGUCCAAUGGUGGACGACGACACCUUCACCUCGUUUCUCGAUUCCUUGAUGAAUGAGCGCCAGUUGGCCGCUGAUCACAAGGGUGUGAUGAACGAUCAGGGUGGCGCUAUCUAGCUGAUGCAGAUUUACAAAUGCACUGUAGUAAUCGCGAAUUAGUUGAUGAGCAGAUACUGUGUAAGUACUACACAUGAAUUGCUUGACGGAUCUGGCGACGUUUGUUUGUGUGAUGAAAACCAGUAGUACGAGGAUGUAAUGUAUGGAUUGCACAUACAUAAGAUUUGUAGAAGGUGCGAAUUAAUCAAUCAAUGUGUUCACCUGCUACUCAUGCGGCCUGCUACCGAGUGGCCAAAAUAGAGUGGGUGCAGCUCAUAAACCUGCAGGUCUAUCCGUCUACAUAUGGUCGAGAGAGAGUCGAGACGCGUACAGCUCAUCUUU